UCAAUUUCGUCAUCGUAUCAGCUUUCGAGCCCGUGUAAAAAACCUCCUCCAGAACAUUUCUCUCUCUCUACCCUCUCAUAUCUUCUUCACUGGAUAUCUCAGCCCCGGCUUUGUCUGCUGUCGGACCCGUUCAGCUCCACUCUAACCUGAAUUUUGACUGAAAUGGCUGGAGGAAGAGCAAUCCACCAAUUGCUGCGUGGGAAACUUCAAUCUCAAACUACUGCUCUUCCAGUUUGGUCAUCCCGUCCAGUGGAAGAUGGAUCUGCUCGCAUGAAGGUGUUGAGAACGUUUGCACUCCUUGGGGCAGGUGUAACAGGGCUUUUGAGUUUUACAACAAUUACAUCUGCUGAUGAGGCGGAACAUGGUUUGGAGUGUCCUAACUAUCCUUGGCCUCACAAAGGGAUCCUCAGUUCAUAUGACCAUGCUUCAAUUCGUCGUGGUCACGAGGUUUACCAGCAAGUCUGUGCUUCCUGCCACUCAAUGUCCCUAAUUUCAUAUCGUGACUUGGUGGGUGUGGCAUACACCGAGGAGGAGACAAAGGCUAUGGCAGCUGAGAUUGAGGUGGUUGAUGGACCUAAUGAUGAGGGCGAGAUGUUUACUCGCCCUGGUAAACUUAGCGAUCGUCUUCCUCAGCCAUAUCCAAAUGAGCAAGCAGCUAGGUUUGCUAAUGGAGGGGCCUAUCCCCCUGAUCUUAGUCUCAUCACUAAGGCUCGUCACAAUGGUCAGAACUACGUAUUUGCCCUGCUAACUGGUUACCGUGAUCCUCCUGCUGGUGUUUCGAUCCGAGAAGGGCUGCACUACAAUCCCUACUUUCCAGGGGGAGCCAUUGCUAUGCCUAAAAUGCUUAUUGAUGGUGCUGUUGAAUAUGAAGAUGGUACUCCUGCAACUGAAGCUCAGAUGGGAAAAGAUGUUGUGUCAUUUUUGUCAUGGGCUGCAGAACCGGAAAUGGAAGAGAGAAAACUGAUGGGAUUCAAGUGGAUAUUUUUAUUGUCACUGGCUUUACUUCAAGCUGGUUACUAUAGGCGCAUGAGGUGGUCUGUUCUCAAGUCACGUAAGCUGGUCCUUGAUGUCGUCAACUAGUUUCUUAUGGUCUCUUUUGAUCCAAUGCCUGUGGGAGAACUUGAAAAUGCAAUAAUUGUCUUAUAAAACAAUUUAUGUUUUGCUGCAAUGUUAAAAUUGGUUUGUCAUUUCCUGGGCAAUUGUGACCAGUAGAGUUUCUAUUUCGAUUAGAGGGAAAAAUAAGAGAUUCAUAUAUGUAUACAUUAUUCUUUUGUCUGAACUCUAAACUUGUAAGAAUUUUGAUCUGGUGCGAAAUUCCCAGAUUGCUUAGAAUCUCCUUUAUAAUUAGCAGUUAUGGUUUUCAAGUA